CAGCCCAGCUCUGGACCAAGCUGUGACGUCAUGCCUCAGCAAUCCCCUGCCCCACAGCCAAAAGUCCGGAGGCCCCACUCCACAGCAGCUGUGCGUGAGGUGCAGAUGGAGUGUUGUCCCCUGCAGGUGCACUAUCAGAUCACAGAGGAGCAUAAAAGCAGCAGGAGGCGUCCUAGUCCAUCCACCUGCGGAAGGAAGCCAUUCACUCAGAGGCCUGAGACACCUGGAGCAAUCUGACAUGGGGCUGCGGUCAGGCGUGUUCCUCGUGGGGCUGCUACUGCUGGGGCAAGGGACCACACAAAUCCAUUCCUCUCCUGGAAAGAACACAUUGGAAGGACAGCAAUGGCCCAAGUUGCAGACCCUGAAGAAUUUGCCAAUCUCGUGCAACCCAAAGAAGUCAGGAUCAAACGUGACUUCUAAAUCAGUCCACUCUCUGAGGCCUUCAGACAUUAAACUGGUGGCAGCCAUUGGCAACCUGGAAAUUCCUCCGGACUCUAGGAUGGUGGACCUGGAGAUACAUGAGAGGACUGAGGAAAGGCCACAGGAGACGUGCAUGGGAGUGAUGACAGUUCUUGCAGACAUCAUCAGACAUUUCAGUCCUUCUGUUCUGACGCCCAUGUGUCCUCCUAGAAAGAACAUUGUCCUCCAAGAUGGUGCCGAAGACCUGUGGACUCAGGCUAAGGAACUGGUGAGACGCUUAAAAGAGAACCCGAAACUUAACUUUCAACAUGACUGGAAACUCAUCAAUGUGUUCUUCAGAAAUACAAGCCAGUGUUACCUGUGUCCCUUUGCUCAACAGGAAAGGCAGCUGACGAGCAGCAUGAACAAGCUGGCUGGGAUGCUGGACUACCUGCGCCAGAAGGUCCCCAGAGCAUUUGUGAACCUGGUGGAUCUCUCCGAGGUUACAGUCAGGUCACACUGGCAUCAGGGGACUCAGCUCAGCAGCCCUGGACCAGAGCCCUGCAGUUGCUCAGGGGAGACAUCGAGGCUGGCCAAGGCUAUAAUGAAGUGGUCCUAUCAGGAAGUCUGGGAAAGCCUCCUGGCCUCCAGCAGGUUCAACAGGCAGGAGUCCUUUGCCGUGGUGUUCCAGCCCUUCUUCUACGAGAUGUCGCCCUCCCUGGAGAGGCCCCUGCGCCAGGAUCCCACCACACUUGCCCUGAACCUCUGGAACAGCAUGAUAGAGCCAGUGGGACAGAAAGAUGAGCCACUCAGCCCAACAGAGAGGAAGCCAGUAAAAUGCCCCUCUCAGGAGAGCCCCUAUCUGUUCACCUACAGAAAUAGCAACUACCAGAACAGGAUGCUACAACCCCAAGGGAAGCUUGAGAUGACAGAAGGAACAGAAAUCAUAUGUCCUGACAAGGACCCCUCCAACACGGUCCCCACCUCAGUUCACAGGCUGAAGCCAGCUGACAUCAAGGUCAUUGGAGCCAUGGGCGACUCUCUGACGGCAGGCAACGGGGCCGGGUCCAAGCCUGGGGACAUCCUUGACGUCUUGACUCAGUACCGAGGCCUGUCCUGGAGUGUCGGCGGAGACGAGAACAUCCGCACCGUGACCACCCUGACCAACAUCCUCCGGGAAUUCAACCCUGCCCUGCAAGGUUUCUCCGUUGGCACCGGGAAGGAAAAUACUCCUAACGCUUUCUUAAACCAGGCGGUGGCAGGAGCUGAAGCGCAGAAUUUAGCAGCACAGGCCAGGAGGCUGGUGGAUCUGAUGAAGAAUGACACGAGGAUACAUUUUCAGGAGGAUUGGAAGAUCAUCACCCUGUUUAUAGGAGGCAAUGAUCUCUGUAGUUUCUGCAAUGACCCGGUCCUAUAUUCUCCCCAGAACUUCACGAACAACAUCAGGAAGGCUCUGGACAUCCUCCAUGCUGAGGUUCCUCGGGCAUUUGUGAACUUGGUAAAGGUGCUUGAGAUUGUCAGCCUGAGGGAGCUGUACAAGGAAAAUAAAGUCAACUGCCCACGGCUGAUCCUCAGGUCUAUGUGUCCCUGUGUCCUAAAGUUUGACGAUAACUCAGCAGAACUGGCCUCCCUCAUCGACCUAAACAAGAAGUAUCAGGAGGGGACUCAACAGCUGAUUGACAGCGGGCGCUACGACACCAGGGAAGACUUCACUGUGGUCGUGCAGCCAUUCCUUGAAAAUGUGGACAUGCCAAAGACCUUGGAGGGCUUGCCUGACAGCUCCUUCUUUGCCCCUGACUGUUUUCACUUCAGCAGCAAGUCUCACGCCCGUGCAGCCAGCGGCCUCUGGAAAAACAUGCUGGAACCAGUUGGCCAGAAGGCGACAAGGCACAAGUUUGAAGACAAGAUUGAUAUCGUGUGUCCAAACCAGGUCUGGCCGUUUCUGAGCACCUACAAGAACAGCGUGCAGGGCCACGGGACCUGGCUUCCAUGCAGGGACCGAACCCCUUCUGCCUCACCCCCCACCUCAGUGCAUGCCCUGAGGCCCGCAGAUAUCCAGGUUGUGGCUGCUCUGGGGGAUUCUCUGACUGCUGGCAAUGGAAUCGGCUCCGAACCAGGUGACCUCCUCGAUGUCACCACACAGUAUCGGGGACUAUCAUAUAGUUCAGGCGGGGAUGGUUCCCUGGAGAACGUGACCACCUUACCUAAUAUCCUCCGGGAGUUUAACGGAAACCUCACAGGCUAUGCAGUGGGCACUGGUGAUGCUAAUGACACAAAUGCAUUCCUCAACCAGGCUGUUCCUGGAGCCAAGACUGAGCAACUUGUGAGCCAAGUCCAGACUCUGGUGCAGAAGAUGAAAGAUGAUCACAGAGUAAAUUUCCACGAAGAUUGGAAGGUCGUCACAGUGCUGAUUGGAGCCAGUGAUCUCUGUGACCACUGCACAGAUUCGAAUUUGUAUUCUGCAGCCAACUUUUUAAAUCAUCUCCGCAAUGCCUUGGACAUCCUACAUAGAGAGGUGCCCAGAGCCCUGGUCAACCUCGUGGACUUCAUGAACCCUAGUGUCAUCCGGCAGGUGUUCCUGGAGAACCCAGAUAAGUGUCCAGUGCAGCAGGCCAGCAUUUUGUGUAACUGCGUUCUGACCCCGCGGGAGGACUCCCAAGAGCUGGCCAAGUUGGAGGCCUUGGCGCGAACAUAUCAGAGCAGCAUGCGCCAGCUGGUGGAGUCAGGCCGCUAUGACACGCGGGAGGACUUCUCUGUGGUGCUCCAGCCCUUCUUCCUCAACAUCCGGCUCCCCGUCCUGCAGAAUGGGCGUCCGGAUACGUCCUUCUUCGCCCCAGAUUGCAUCCACCCAAAUCAGAAAUUCCAUUCCCAGCUCUCCAGAGCCCUUUGGAUCAACAUGCUUGAACCCGUGGGAAGGAAAACGGAUACCCUGGACCUGACAGCAGAUAUGUCCCUGGCCUGCCCUACCCAGGAUGAGCCCUUCCUGAGAACCUACCAGAACAGUAACCACACAUACCCCACCAAGCCAGUCAUUGAGAACUGGGGCAGUGACUUCCUGUGCACCGAGUGGAAUUCUUCCGGUAGAGUUCCCACCUCAGUCCACGAGCUCCGUCCAGCAGACAUCAAGGUGGUGGCUGCCCUGGGUGACUCGCUGACGACGGCGAUGGGAGCCAGACCAAGCAACCCGCUCACGUCCUGGAGGGGCCUCUCCUGGAGUAUUGGAGGAGAUGGGGCCUUGGAGACUCACACCACACUGCCCAACAUUCUGAGGAAGUUCAAUCCCUCCGUCUUUGGAUUCUCCACGGGUACCUGGGAGGAGACAGCAGGAUUAAACGUAGCAGUGGAAGGAGCCAGAGCUCGGGACAUGCCAGCCCAGGCCCGGGACCUGGUGGAGCGGAUGAAGACCAGCCCUGAAAUCAAUCUGAAGAAAGACUGGAAGCUGAUCACACUCUUCAUUGGGGGCAAUGACUUGUGUCAUUACUGUGAAAAUCCGGAGGAGCACUCAACCGAGGAGUACGUUCAGCACAUUCAGCAGGCCCUGGACAUCCUCUAUGACGAGCUUCCAAGGGCUUUCAUCAAUGUGGUGGAGGUCAUGGAGCUGACCAGUCUGUACCAGGGUCAAGACGGGAAGUGCACCAUGCUGCUGGCCGCUCAGAGCAACUGCACUUGCUUCAGACACUCUCAAGACUCCCUGGCGAUGCAAGAACUGAAGAAAGUGAACUGGAACCUCCAGAGUGGCCUCUCCAGGUUCUCCUACUGGCACCGGUACAUGGAGCGCGAGGACUUUGCGGUGGUCGUACAGCCUUUCCUCCAGAACACUCUCAUCCCACCAAACGAGCAGGGUGGCACGGAUCUCACCUUCUUCUCUGAAGACUGUCUCUACUUCUCAGAACGCAGCCACGCGGAGAUGGCCAUUGCUCUCUGGAACAACAUGCUGGAACCAGUAGGCCAAAAGACAACCUCCAACAACUUCACCCACAGCAGAACCAAACUCAAGUGCCCCUCCUCAGACAACCCUUACCUCUACACCCUUUGGAAUAGUGGGCUUCUCCCAGACCAGGCUGAAGAAGCCCCCAGGUUUCUCUACUGGGCUGUACCAGCGGCGGCAGUCCUGGGCAUGCUAGUCGGAGCCCUGGCGAUGAUGUUGUGGAGAGGCAGAAGAUGUCACCAGAGGGCAGAUCCUCCAAUGAGCAUGGAUGCCUCCAGAUUCUAGGCCCCCACAAGCGGAUGCUCAUCCCAAUUCCAUAGCCACACUCCGCCGCAGCAGUCCACCCACCACAGACGGACUUGCUUCAUCACCCGGUAGCAGAGAAGCCAAAGGCACCAUGGUGACUUCUUGGGGCCUGGGCUUCUUCCAGGCCUGUGCUCUUGGAGUUGGCACAUCUCA